GCGAGGAGACGGAACACAGUGCAAGCAAAGCAUUGCGUUGAGAGAGCGAGGCACGGCGAGGGGGGUUUUGUUGUUGAUGCUUGAAUUCGUUGGCCGCAUGGUACAGUAGCUUUGUAAAAAAUAGAACUUCGCUAACAGUCCGUCAAUUUCUUUUUCGUUUGAAUAGGAAAUUGUCUAACUUUUUGUGCUCUCUGUUCUUCUUUCACCAGACGACGCAGUCGGUAAACUUCUUCACAACGUUGGACGCUAGUUUGUACCCGAGCAAGCUGUGUGAGUGAGGCAGGAGCCUAGCUGUUACACUACCCUGCGGACUACUGUGUGGGGAUGUGUGUGUGUUUUCAUCAGCCACAAAAGGAUUAACGGCGACGUUUCUCAAUCAUUGUUUCCCCGAGUCCACAGCCGACAACAGCCUUUUCUUCUGGAAAAACCGUGCUUUGUCGCACCCGAGAGUACUGCACUGCUGUGUAAAUUCAAGUGUGUAAAUCGUUCGUGGAUUAUCUUAUUGAAAUUAGAUUCUCUAGGACUAUCAGUGCAAGUCGUGAUCUUUGUUUUUUGUUUUCCCAGACCUGUCUCGGAUUAUAUUGUUUACUUUCCCUGACAACAUGUGAAGUUUUGACCAUCGUGAAAGUGAUGUGAUAGCCUAGCCAAUGCAUUAUUAGAAUUUUGUGUGGAUAAAAGGUUCAUUGAUUGGAACAUCAAUGUAAAAGGCUAUUUUACAUGUGAAUGAAACAGAAUUCCUAUCAAACUUCAUAGUUCCAUAGCUGCCUUGUUUGUUUGUUUUUUAAUUACCUGAACUCUAAGCAAGACCAAAGACUUUUUUGGUGAAUAUUUUUUCAACCUUACGAUCUUGUUUCCUAAACUCGUUCAUUUCAUUGCUUUCCAUUCACAGAUCAUUCAGUAUUCAGACCGUGCUGGAGGCUUUGAUCUUCGCCGACGAAGUCUAUACAUCGAGACUAUUGAGUAUUGAGUUUACAAAAUUUGAAUUCUGAAGAAAUUUGCCCGUUUUGGGGUAUGGAAAAUACCUUCUGAUGGUGUGUGUUGUUGCUAUGCAUCGUGUCGUUUCUACACUCGGAUUAUUUCUCGCUUUCUGAUGAGGCUACUGGAUGAGAUGAGCAGGAUGGGGAAACUUGGGAAUACUUUCACCGGUUUACGCACCCUCAUCUUUCUUCUCUCCUGCGUUGUUGUCAGCAAAGGUGACUACCCGUUCGGGAGCAGCGACCCUCUGACCCAGGGCCUGCCGGAGUGGGAGCUACAACCUCUAGAGAACUACUACGUGGUCAGAAACAAACCAGUGACCAUCACAUGCAGGGCCACGCCCGCUAUACAGGUACCCGCGACCUAUUUACUGAAAAAUGAUCUGAGAAGACACUUCGACCGCUUCCCAGUGGCCAAGCGAGUGGAGAAGGGAAAGCAAGCGGAACUGGACUGUCUUCCACCGGAAGGAAAACCCCUGCCCACUGUUUACUUUGGCGUCUGCUCGUAUGUUGAUGGUGGCUCUGCGACGUGCAGGAGUUUCUGGUCCUCCUCUGUGGCUCUUCUUGGCGUGGUCGGGCCCAGCGGUGGCAAAGCCCUUGUGAGGGCGACAUUGGCUCCCCCUUUUCUCACCUUGGCUCACCCCGAAGGCCGCAUCUUUUGUGCUGAGGACAUAACUGUCGCUCGCAGGAAUUGCCAAAAUGGCGGCUGGUCAUCCUGGAACGAGUGGACUGAAUGCUCCGUGACGUGCGGCAAAGGCAAACAACGGCGCUCACGCACGUGCACUGUGCCCUCGCCUUACAACGGCGGUCUCCCGUGUGAGGGUGAGCAGCAACAGUCGGUCACGUGCGGCCAGUACUGUGCCGACAAACGCCAGCAGGGGACGACCAGAAGUCCGAGGCCGAGUCGCACCUCUACGGAGGCGGGGCUGGGGCUCUCUGACAGCGGUCAAACAGAUCAGGCAAGAGAUGAAGCUACAGCUACAGCCGACGACGACGAGGAUGUGUCUCUCUACAUCGGCAUCUGUGUCUCUGUGGCCGUCGUCUUCGUCAUCGUCAUCGUUGUCGUCUUCAUGUGUCGCCGUCACAGCCGGAGACGUAGCGCCUUCAGGGAUCUGGGAGGGCCAGAUGCUACCCAGUCUCUCACCGAGGAUGAAAAGAAACAGAAAAAUGGAGACAUGUUGUCCAUGCAACCCGACCUGACCCAAACAGUGGUGGUGACGGUGCAGCACAACAACCACAACCACCACCACAACAACCACAACAACCAGACCUACAACCACAGCCAGGGCUCCAACGAGUCCCCCAACAACAACCACGUGGGCUCCGUGGACAAAAUGCCGGGCUACCACGGCGGAGGGGGGAGUGGUGGAGGGAGCAGCAUCGGCGGGAGCGGCCCAGAGUCUCCCUUUAUCCACGACAGCUCUCCGUCCUACAGCGUCCCCGAUGUGCCUGGGAUGUAUCCACAAGCGGGAAUGGAACCCGGGCAAUACAGCGUGCCGGACACCCAGUCUUACAUCUCUAACGGGAGGCCGUACUCUCCCAUCGCCCAGCCUCUGUACUCGCCACAGACGCCCCAGUCGUACUCUUCCGGGGCAGGAGGGAAUCAAGGCGGACCCACUCCUUACUCGUCUACAGCUACCCAGCAGUUUUUCCCGUCGGACAAACCUCCUCAGAGACACUCUGGCGGUAUGGCGACUCCAGGCUGCUACAGCGGCGUGCCCGGACCCAACAACAAGAUGGUCAUGGUGGAGCCCACCAUCAACCACAACCUCAACAACGCCUCUGUGGAGAAGCUGGGGAUGAAGGACUCUAAGAGCGGCCUGCCCCCGCCGGCACCCUCGUCCUGUGACGGGAGACCACUGUCUCAAUGUGACAGCCUUCAGGACAGCCGGCAGUCGGUGAUUUCGGUCCAGCUCCCAGGGAAUGUAGACACAGAGGCGGUCACGUGGAGUACCUUCAACCACACGGGAGGCAGGCUCUUCCUGCCCGAGUCAGGUGUGUUGCUGACCGUGCCCGAGGGCGCCAUCAAGAAAGGUCACGUGGAGGAACUGUACAUGGCGGUGUGUCGGGACGACAAAGACAGGCCUCGACUCACGGAACACCAGACCAUCCUGAGCCCCGUGAUCCUGGUGGGCCCGCCCAGUGUGCAGCUGCUCAAGCCCGUCAUCUUGUCCUUCCAGCACUGCGCCAACAUGAGGCAGGGAGGCUGGGUGCUCUCCAUCUACAAGAGUGAGUCGCCCAUAGACGAGCCGCCUUACUGGAGGCGAGUGGUGGUCCUGGGCCACGAGACCAUCAACUCCCCCAUCUACACACAGCUGGAUCCAAACCAAUGCCAUGUUAUGACCGAGUUCCUCAACCGCUACACCCUGAUCGGCGAGUCUGUGCCCGGAGGUCGCGCCCUCAAGAUCUACAGACUAGCGGCCUUCGCCCCAGCCAUGCCACCCUCUGUGGACUACAGCAUCAGGGUCUACGUCGUGGAAGACACAAUCGAUGCUUUAGACGGUGUGAUUCAAGUGGAGAGGAAACUGGGAGGACGCCUUCUCGAUAAACCAAAGCAGAUUCCAUUCCAAGAUGGCGGCAACAACUUGUGUCUGACGAUAGAGGAACUCUCCUCAGGCUGGAGGAGUAAACUGGCGGCCAACUACCAGGAAAUCCCGUUCCGCCACAUCUGGAGCGGCAACCAGAACAACCUCCACUGUUCCUUCAGCCUGGAGCUACAGGAGCGCUCCGUGUCCAGGCUGGCCUGCAAGAUCCAGGUGUAUCAGAAGGCCAUCCUCAGCAACAGACAGACGCUGCUCAUCAACUGCAACCUCAAAGAUAACGCAGCCAGCUGCCCGGGACAGAGCAACACCCUCAAGCAGCGAUCCUCCACGGUCAACACGGCAGCCUCCACCGCCAGCUCAGGGUUCCACUCCAUGGUGACCCUUGACCCCUCGGCUCAGGUGUUCAGGUUGCCAUCCCAUAUCAAAGCCCAGCUGUGUAUGUUGUUGGACCCACCAAAUGCAAGAGGAAAUGACUGGAGAAUGUUGGCUCAAGCCCUUACUGUAGAUAGAUAUAUAAACUUUUUCGCCACCAAGUCAUCCCCGACGGAACACAUCCUGGACUUGUGGGAAGCUCGACACAGAGAGGACACGGCUGUUACCGACCUCAUGAAUAUUCUGAGGGUCAUGGGUCGCAUGGAUGCCGCAGCGGUCCUGGAGAAAGACAACGGCAGUUGGUUAUGAUAGGAGGCGACAGACAUUGAUGGAUGAGUGAUCACAGAAAGGACUGAGAUGUUUUGCCACAGAAUGUGUGUGUCAUUUUCAGAGUUGUUUGGGGAUAUGAAAUGAGCUACUUGUGUGCCGGAGAUUUCGGCUCUUCAAUGCAAUGACAGUGCUCAUAGUGCUCUUCUGGAGGUGACACAUUGUGACCCUCAUGGCUUUUUGUGCAGUUGUUACUGCAAGUUUCCUGUAACUCCCUAAGAUGUUAGAAAAAUAUUCACUACUGGAAAAGGUCAUUUGCAAAGACGAUGGCUCAUUGAGACCUAUGUCCUGGAAUACAGUUGCUUCAAAUCGCUUCAAUAUUGUUGCUUGUUGAAGGAAAAGGGUGUCUUCUCUACUGUAAGCACAAGAUACAUUUCGCUGCAUGCUACUCAGAUUGCCUCAAAUUAAACGCAGCUCCUGGAUGAGAUUCUUUGUGCAUUAUGUCUAUAUCCCUGUAAAUUAUGCCAUUCUCACUGAAGCACCAACUGGUGGUCUGUACCUCUGUAACAGGAGCAAACUUUGACACAGGUUGUAACAAACAUCUGUCAGAGCUGACAAAAAAGUAAAUGACAUGUGUGGAAGGAAAUUUACUUAUGAUCUGCCUUUUUGCUCUGAAUGAGGUCACUGCUUAAGCUUUAAGUCUGCACACUUGAGGUACAUGUGCUAGUCCUUGUACAAAUGACACGUGACUGGACCCAGACACUGAGUGAGCAACAUAAAGGGUCAAAUUCAGACUUACAGACCUUGACGGUUUGCCUAUUUUUGUAAUUGGAGAAGCCGUAAUCUUGACAGGAGCAGCAGUGGAGCUGUGUGAGCCACAAUGGUGAGCUCAUGUUGGUGCACAGAGACUGACAGCCUUCAACAGUCUGAAGACAAGAACUCUUUUGAAACAUAUGUGUACCUUCACUGAUCGCUGUGAACAUGGGAUGUUUUUCUCCAAAGACUACACAGAUUAAUCCCGUGAAAUGGAUAUAUAUAAUGGUCAAAACGGACUGGAAUCCCAGAAUAAAACAAUUCUUCUUAGGCUGUGUGUACUGCGAUAAAGAUUGCCAUGAACAAUUUGGGAUAUUCCAGUUGUGUGUGCUGUCCAGGUCUAUGCACAAGUGUGUGACAUUGCAAGAGGCCUCCACUGCCUGUCCUUUGCCCAGUUGCUCCUUGCUCGAGGGAUCUAGUCUGCUCCGACAAGGGCAAAGAAAACCAACAGUGAUUUCUGAAACAGCGACUGAGGAGCUCAUGUUCUUUCAUAAAGUUUAAUGUAUUGAGUGUGUGAGUGCAUGCACAAACACAGCCUAAAACCGGAUGUUUUGUGAUGACUCAAAUGAACUCCCUUGUGUUUUCAUUUUUUUAAAACUUUUUCACUCUGUGUAAAAAUAAGAGCUUGGCUGUGCCCAUGUUCACUUACUAUUUGAGUCUGACCAAGCUAAGGAAUACAACUGCUAUUCCCUCAAUGUAACUUGUCAUGUCUGAAAGACUGAAUUGCUUCCCUUUGAUUAUUUUUACCGCAUGAAUGAGAGUCACUUUAGACACCAUGACUUGUUUUGAUUUGUUCUUUUUGCUUUCAGUUUAUUACGUAUGUAGAUCUUGAAAUUUCUUUCUGCUUAUUGUUCUGACGCAACACAUCAAAGCCAAAUAGUUGAGACAUUUUGUAGCACACAACACGACACGAUCACACGGACACAUCACAAGGGACUGAACUCUGCUGGUGUAACCUUGUCUGUCGUCGCUACGAAAAGACUGGAGUAGUUUUAGGAGGCUUUUGUGUAAAGGAUAAUCCAUUUGGUGGUCAGAAGUACAAUGUAGCUGUUGUCCUUCAUGCCUGAUUUUGUUUUGUUUUUCAAGUUUUUGUUCCCCUUUUGUAAAUCUCAGACUUUUCAGUGCUGUAGUCUCCCUUUGUCCGGUUUGUAGGCUUAGAGAAAAAAAUAAACAAACAAAAGAAUGUUCUAUUAACAGCACAUAUGUGUGGAAUAUCACAAUAACUUUCUCAAGAAAAAUAAGUAACAGUUUUGUUUUAGUUUCACAUCCAUUACAACAUGGUCAGAAGGAGGUGAUCAGUCUUCUUGUGACGGAAGUGAUAUAUAUAGAGCAUUUCCUACACGAUGCAAAAGACCAGUAGGCUUCAUUUGCUUUUGUUCUGAUCAUGGAACGGCUUUAUAUCUGUUGUUUAGACAUUAAUUAA